AUGACAACCAAAAGGAAAAUUAUCGGCCGCUUGGUGCCCUGCCGGUGUUUUCGUGGUGAAGAAGAAAUCGUCUCAGUGUUAGAUUACUCUCACUGUGGCCUACAGCAGGUGCCAAAGGAGGUUUUUAACUUUGAACGGACAUUAGAGGAGCUUUACCUAGAUGCCAAUCAAAUUGAGGAGCUACCUAAGCAACUGUUCAACUGUCAAGCUUUACGCAAACUGAGUAUACCAGACAAUGACCUUUCAAGUCUGCCAACCACUAUUGCUAGCUUAGUUAAUCUCAAAGAACUUGAUAUCAGUAAAAAUGGAAUUCAAGAUUUUCCAGAAAAUAUUAAAUGUUGUAAGUGUUUAACAAUUAUUGAAGCCAGUGUCAAUCCAGUCUCUAAGCUGCCAGAUGGCUUCACACAACUUCUAAAUUUGACCCAGCUCUAUCUAAAUGAUGCCUUUUUGGAGUUUCUUCCAGCUAACUUUGGAAGACUUGUCAAGUUGCGAAUUUUGGAGUUAAGAGAAAAUCACUUGAAAACUCUCCCAAAGUCAAUGCACAAACUGACUCAGCUGGAAAGACUUGAUCUGGGCAAUAAUGAAUUCUCUGAGCUGCCUGAGGUUCUUGAACAAAUACAAAAUCUAAAGGAAUUGUGGAUGGACAAUAAUUCUUUGCAAAUGCUACCUGGGUCUAUAGGGAAGUUAAAACAGCUCGUGUACCUGGACGUGUCAAAAAACAGGAUAGAAACUGUUGAUUUGGACAUAUCAGGAUGUGAAGGACUUGAAGAUCUCCUGUUGUCAUCCAAUAUGUUGCAGCAACUGCCAGACUCCAUAGGGCUGUUGAAAAGGCUUACAACUUUAAAAGUAGAUGACAAUCAGCUUACAAUUCUGCCAAAUGCAAUUGGAAAUUUAUCUUUAUUAGAAGAAUUUGACUGCAGCUGUAAUGAGUUGGAGUCCUUACCUUCUACCAUCGGAUACCUUCAUAACCUGAGGACAUUGGCUGUGGAUGAGAAUUUCCUUCCUGAACUGCCCAGAGAAAUUGGAAGCUGUAAAAACGUAACAGUGAUGUCUCUGCGCUCUAACAAGCUAGAGUUUCUUCCGGAUGAAAUUGGUCAGAUGCAGAAGCUGAGAGUGUUAAAUCUGAGCGAUAACAGACUGAAGAAUUUACCAUUCACUUUUACUAAACUUAAAGAACUUGCAGCUUUGUGGCUUUCUGACAACCAGUCCAAGGCUCUCAUUCCACUGCAAACUGAGGCUCACCCAGAAACAAAGCAGAGAGUACUGACUAACUACAUGUUUCCCCAGCAGCCCCGCAGCGAUGAAGAUUUCCAGUCAGACAGUGAUAGUUUUAACCCUACUUUAUGGGAGGAGCAAAGACAGCAACGCAUGACUGUUGCCUUUGAAUUUGAAGAAAAAAAGGAAGAGGAAGAAAAUGCAGGGAAAGUUGAAAUAAAUCUAAAACGUUAUCCGACUCCAUACCCGGAGGAUUUAAAGAAUAUGGUAAAAUCAGUUCAAAAUCUGGUGGGCAAAACAAGCCAUGGAGUACGGCCUGAGAACUCAACACCAACCGUGAACAGUGAACAAACAGUGAAAGAAAAGUAUGAGCACAAGUGGCCCAUGGCACCAAAGGAGAUUUCAGUGGAGGAUGCCUUUGGACAUCCUGCCAGUGAGAUGAGGAUAGGGGAACUUCGUCCUUCCAUGCCAGAGACUCCGUUGUACCCACCCAAACUUGUUCUUCUGGGUAAAGAGAAGAAAGAAUCGACAGAUGAGUCUGAAGCAGAUAAGAUCCAUUGUCUGAAUAACAGCGUUUCCUCAGGCACUUACUCAGACUAUUCCCCUUCUCAGGCUUCCUCAGGAUCCUCCAACGCGCAUGUUAAAAUGGGGUCCUUGCAGACAACGGCUAAAGAAGCAGUGAAUAACUCUUUGUGGGCAAACAGGCUGGCACAGUCAUUUCCACAGCCCCUUGAAACAAAGCCAUUGCUGAGCCAGCGGGAAUCCGCUCCGGUGGGGAACCUGCCGCAGCGCACCGACAGGCGCCCACUGAGCGACACCUUCGCCGACAGCUGGAACGACAGCUCGCACUACGACAACACGGGGUUCGUUGCAGAGGAGAGCACGGUGGAGAAUCCUAGUGCUAACCCCCUCCUGAGCACGAAAUCUAGAAGCACAUCUGCGCACGGACGCAGGCCGUUGAUUAGGCAAGACAGGAUAGUUGGCAUUCCCCUGGAGCUAGAGCAGCCGACGCUCAGAAACACACACGAAUCUGAAGUGCCUCCUCCCAACCCUUGGCAAAAUUGGACCAGAACCCCUAGUCCUUUUGAAGACAGGACAGCUUUUCCUUCCAAACUGGAAAGCACCCCCACCAGCAGCCCUUUGCCUGAGCGGAAAGAUCAUGUCAAAGAGUCUCCUGAAAUGACUAGCUCUUUCACUCCAGGAAUAGCGUGGGAGUAUCACGAUUCAAAUGCUAACAGAAGUCUCACAAAUGUCUUUUCCCAUCUCCACUGCCGCCCAGAUCCUUCCAAAAGCGUUAUUUCGAUCAGCAAGAGUACAGAACGGCUUUCUCCGAUGCUGAGGGACUUAAAAACUAACAAAUUUAAGAAGUCGCAAAGUAUCGAUGAAAUAGACAUUGGUACAUACAAAGUGUAUAAUAUACCCUUAGAAAACUAUGCAUCUGGUAAUGAUACUGUAGGAACCCACGAGAGGGUGGACAAGCUCCUGGGCCCGGAGCACGGCAUGCUGAGCAUGUCCCGCAGCCAAUCGGUCCCCAUGCUGGAUGACGAGCUGCUCACCUAUGGCAGUGUCAAGGUGCAGCCGCAGCAGAAGUCGUCCGUCACGAAGAAAGUCUACCAGUUCGACCAAAGCUUCAACCCGCAGGGAGCAGUGGAGGUCACAGCGGAGAAGAGGCUACCGCCACCUUUCCAGCUCAACCCUGAGUACAUUCCCCAGCAGAGUAAAAACCUGCCCCAGGAUCUAGUCAGCCCAAGGGCGUACCGUGGCUACCCCCCCGUGGAGCACAUGUUCUCCUUCUCCCAGCCUUCAGUGAACGAGGAGGCGGUCGGUGCGCCCUUUGCGAGCCAGGGGUCUCGGCCAGGGUUCUUGAGGAGAGCGGAUUCGUUGGCCAGCUCCACCGAGAUGUCCAUGUUCAGGAGAGUCAGUGAGCCCCAUGAGCUGCCCCCCAGCGAUAGGUAUGGCAGGCCUCCGUACCGAGGAGCUGUGGAGCGCCAAAGCAGUAUCUCGGUCUCUGAGUCUCAGUUCCUCAAGAGGAACGGCAGGUACGAAGACGAGCAUCCUUCCUACCAAGAAGUGAAAGCCCAGACUGGAAACUUUCCAGUUAAAAACCUUACACAAAGGAGGCCGUUGUCUGCAAGAAGCUACAGUACAGAGAGUUAUGGCACGUCCCAAACCAGGCCAGUUUCAGCGAGGCCUACAAUGGCAGCUCUGCUGGAAAAGAUACCGUCAGACUAUAACUUGGGUAACUAUGGCGACAAGCCUUCCGAUAACAGUGAUAUAAAGACAAGGCCUACCCCUGUGAAGGGAAAUGAGAGCUGUGCUAAAAUGCCUGCUGACUGGAGACAACAGCUACUUAGACAUAUAGAAGCUAGAAGGUUAGACAGGACCGCUGCUUACAAACACAACACAGUUAGCCUUGGCAUGCUGCACUCUGGAGGUUUUUCAGCAAUGCAUGCCGGCAGAAGCAUGACUUUAAACUUGCAGACUAAAUCUAAAUUUGAAAACCAAAUGCUUCAAGAGCUACCUCUACCGAAAACCCCGUCGCAGCAGAGCAGCAUUCUGGACAACGGGCAGGAGGAGGUGUCUGUGAGCAGCCAGUGGAACCCCUACCCGCUGGGGCGGCGGGACGUGCCGCCGGACACCGUCACGAAGAAGGCAGGUAGCCAUAUCCAGACUUUAAUGGGAUCACAAAGCCUACAGCAUCGGAGCCGCGAGCAGCAGUAUGAAGGGAACAUGAACAAAGUCACCAUUCAGCAGUUUCAGCCACCGCUGCCUAUUCAGAUUCCCUCUUCGCAGAGCUCUCGAGCACCUCAGACAGGGCGGUGUUUAAUCCAGACCAAGGGUCAGAGAAGUACGGAUGCGUAUCAGGAGCAGUUUUGUGUGAGGAUAGAGAAGAAUCCUGGCCUUGGUUUUAGUAUCAGUGGUGGAAUAAGUGGACAAGGAAAUCCAUUCAAACCUUCUGAUAAGGGUAUCUUUGUUACUAGGGUUCAGCCUGACGGACCAGCAUCCAGCCUGCUCCAGCCUGGCGAUAAGAUCCUCCAGGCAAAUGGACACAGUUUUGUACAUAUGGAACAUGAGAAGGCUGUAUUACUACUGAAGAGUUUCCAGAAUACAGUAGACCUAGUUAUUCAACGUGAGCUUACCGUCUAA